AUGGGAAGCCUAUUUGUAUUAAACGUAUACAGCAACCCACGCAAGCAACAUAGAUUCGCGAACCUGUUUCGCAAGACAUUAGACAUUGCAAAGCGUCAAACACUAGUGAUAGUAGGUGAUUUCAACGCACACCACCCAGCCUGGGGAUACAAGCGGGAAAUGAUCAAAGGACGGAAUCUCUGGCUGGAUGCCCAGCAGGAGAGGCUGUCUCUGGUCACCGACCCCGCGUACCCCACUAGGUUGGGAAACAGCGUAUGUGCGGACACCACGCCGGACCUAACAUUCACAAAGAACGCUAAAAAGGAAGCCGAGUGGCUAAACACGCAAGAAAAUCUAGGAAGUGACCACUAUAUAGUGGCCACAAAACUAGAAGCGGGCCCCCACAAACCAAAAAAGGGCACGCAGCUUAAGAUCGUCGAGUGGGACGAGUUCAGGGAACUAAGAGCAGCCGAACGUUAUUCAUGCGAGGACAAAACAGAACCGCACGAGAUUGAGGACAUCGAGUCGUGGGUCGAACAGCUUCACACAUGCGUACAGAAAGCAACAAAGACCAUUCCGGAGGAAGCCGAACUAACACAAGCCGACGCUAAGCUUCUGCACAUGUGGGAAGCGAAGCAAGGCUUGCAGAAAAGGUUAAACAAACAAAAACUAAACCGCGCACUUCGUCGACGUCUAGCGAUCCUUAAUAAAACAAUAGAGGACUACGCAAACCAGCUGUCGCUCCAAAACUGGCACAGCACGUGCGACGGUAUGGAACUACAGAUGGGCCUUGCAAGAACCUGGAAUAUCCUUAGGUACUUAAUCGACCCAGAUAAAAGUAAGACCACGCAGAAACACAAUUUAAGUAAAAUUCUGCACACCUACCAGGGCACGAACGAUGACCUAAUCAAGGAAGUCCGCAACAGAUACAUCGGGACCAAUCCAAAAGAACAACUUAGAACAUACGCUGGAGCCUCGAAUGAGACUCUUGACCAACCGGUUACGACGGCGGAGGUGCGGGGAGCCAUACUAGGUCUCCGCACCAAAUCCGUUCCGGGUCCGGACGGGGUAACAAACACAAUGCUGAGGAAUCUAGAUGACGACUCCAUCGAGGCUCUCACCAAGUACAUGAACAAGUGCUGGAAGGACGGUAAAAUCCCCACACAAUGGAAGACCGCUAAGGUUAUCAUGAUACCGAAACCGGGCAAAAAGCUAAAUCUGGAGACCCUGCGGCCCAUCUCGCUCACCUCAUGCGUGGGGAAGCUGAUGGAGCACACAGUGUUAAACAGACUAAACAAGUAUAUGGAUGAGAAGGGACUCUUUCCCCAUACCAUGAUAGGUUUUCGGCCCAGGCUCUCGACUCAAGACGUGAUGCUGAGGCUCCAACAUCAAAUUAUAGAUGGGGAGGAAUGUUCCCCGCUAGACACCAGGGCCAUUGUGGGGCUCGACCUCACAAAGGCGUUUGAUAAUGUAAAACACGCAGCAAUUCUAGAGAACUUAGAACAGUUGGAGGUAGGUCAAAGGACCUACGACUACAUCAGGGAUUUUUUAUCUGACAGGACGGUCACCCUGACAGUAGGGGGGGUUGAGUCUGGCGAGCUGGAGUUGGGGAGCAGAGGCACGCCGCAAGGCUCUGUCCUCUCGCCUUUCCUCUUCAACGUCGCUAUGAUCGGCCUGCCCAGCCUCUUAGAGAAAAUACAUGGCCUAAAUCACAGCCUGUAUGCUGACGACGUCACACUCUGGGUGGCUGGCGGCAGCGACGGGCACGUGCAGGACACACUACAGCAGGCAAUAAACGCGGUGGAAGGGUACGUGGAACCGAAAGGCUUAAGCUGCUCCCCACAAAAAUCGGAGCUGCUCCUUUAUCGGCCAACCCGGAGAGGGCAGAAAAAGGAAGCAACCACCGAAAAACCACGAAUUCAUCUAUACGCUUGCGGGGGGCUGCCCAUCCCGGUAGUACACAGCAUUAGGGUCUUAGGCUUGAAAAUUCAGGAGAACGGCCACAACAUCGAGACAAUCCGAACACUCGAAAAAAGUGUGUGUCAAACCACCCGCCUCAUUUCGCGGAUAGCCAAUAGGCAUCACGGAAUGAAGGAGGGCAACUUAAUCAGGCUGGUCCAGGCAUUCGUCCUGAGUCGAGUAACCUAUGUCGCUCCCUUCCUUGACCUCAAGGCAGAUGAGCGCAACAAAAUCAACGCUUUAAUAAAAAGGGCUUACAAGCAGGCAAUUGGCAUACCAAUCACGACCUCCAACGAGCGCUUUGAAGCACUAGGAUUGCACAACACGCUAGACGAGCUUGUAGAAGCACAGAGGAUAGCGCAGAUGGAAAGGCUCACCAAGAGUCCGACUGGCAGACACAUCCUCCAGACGCUACAUAUCAACUACGAAGGAAGACUCGGGGAAAAACACGACAUUCCACCCGAUAUCAGGGUGCAUAUACAUAUCCCACCAUUACCAAGAAACAUGCACCCCGAACACAAUACGGAACGCAGGCAGGCCAGAGCACAAGCACUAGAUAAAAGGUUCGCACACCUCGAGGACGUGGUUUACGUGGAUGCCGCAGAUUACAGUAGUCGCGACGCCAUGGCCACAUCGGUAGUUGAUCGAGAGGGCAAGUUAAUUAAUUCUGGCACGGUCUUCACGACUUCAUCCGAGGUUGGGGAGGAAGCAGCCAUUGCACUGGCAAUGACCUCGUCCUCCCAGAUCAAAUUCAUAGUAAGCGACUCCAAGCCGGCAAUUUUAAAUUACACGAGGGGACGCAUAUCGUCCGAGGCACUCAAAAUUCUACGGACCGGUUUCCACGGAGAUCGAGUUAGGGGAGUUCACAUCGUGUGGGCGCCAGCUCACUCUGGCCUCCCGGGGAAUGAGAAGGCGCACGACGCGGCUCGAGGCUUAACCGACCGGGCCGACGUCACCAACAUCUUUGACGCACACUCGUUCCGCCGGUCGGACAGAGACAGGCUGGUUGCCUAUCGGGACGUGAUUAACCACUACAGGCUGGGAAGGGCUAAAUACCCCGCAGCAGACAGGACUCUGUCCAAAUGGCAGGCAGUGGCGUGGCGCCUUCUUCAAACUAAUACAUUUCCAAACCCCGUGGCGUACAGUCACUGCUAUCCGGGGCUUUACUCCAGCGCAUGUAAGCAUUGCGGGGACAGGGCCGACCUGCAACAUAUGGUCUGGGCCUGCCCCUUUAAAAAACAUAGAAACAACAGAAAUAGAACUCAAACUUUAAUGCUAAACAUUAGAACCUCCGAGCAGUGGGAGACCGUGCUGCUCAGCUCGGACCCGGGUGAACAGGUCCGUCUGGUCCAGAUGGCCGAGGCCGCCGCCAAGGAACAAGAACUCCUGGCCGCCGACUGAGGGGGGAGAGGGGGAGGCUCUCUCAGCACUCCCCCUUCCCUGACCCCAUC